CUGUUGUCCAAGGAUGCCCUGUGGUUGUUUAGCUCUGCAGUCUUCCCGCGCAGAGGGAGGGCAGUGCAGUGCAGCAGCCUGGGUUAUACCAUGUGUCCAAAUAAAGUGCGAGGCGGCUGCAGUGCUGCAGGGCUAUAAAUGAGCGGUGAGCACAGACUGCGGGCUUUUGCUGCAUCGGACGAGGUUUCGUACUGCAGCAGUCCUCACCAUGCCCCGGGUAGACGCCGACCUUAAACUGGACUUCAAGGAUGUCCUGGUGCGACCCAAACGGAGCAGCUUGAAGAGCAGGUCCGAGGUGGAUCUAAAGCGAACCUUUAUGUUUCGGAACUCUAAGCAGACUUACACUGGGAUCCCCAUUAUUGCGGCCAACAUGGACACAGUUGGUACAUUCAAAAUGGCUGAGGUGCUAAGUAAGUUUGGAAUGUUCAUCACCAUCCAUAAACACUACAGUCUGGAAGAGUGGAAGGCAUUUGCAGCCUCUCGUCCUGAAUGUCUUGAGAAUGUGGCUGUCAGUUCUGGCACUGGUCAGGCAGACUUGGAUAAACUCUGUGAGAUUCUAAAAGCAAUCCCAGCCAUCAACUACAUCUGCCUAGAUGUUGCAAAUGGAUACUCAGAGUACUUUGUGGAAUCUGUCAAAACUGUUCGGGCCAAGUUUCCGAAACACACCAUCAUGGCUGGUAACGUAGUGACGGGGGAAAUGGUUGAAGAACUUAUUCUCUCAGGAGCUGAUGUCAUCAAAGUGGGCAUCGGACCAGGUUCUGUAUGCACGACCCGAAUUAAAACAGGAGUUGGCUACCCUCAACUGAGUGCGGUGAUCGAAUGUGCUGACUCGGCUCACGGUCUCAAAGGGCAUAUCAUCUCAGAUGGUGGCUGCUGUUGCCCAGGUGAUGUUGCCAAAGCCUUUGGGGCUGGUGCCGACUUUGUGAUGUUAGGAGGGAUGCUUGCAGGUCAUGACCAGUGUGCUGGGGAAGUCAUCGAGAAGGACGGUAAAAAGAUGAAACUCUUUUAUGGAAUGAGCUCUGAUACAGCCAUGAAGAAACACGCUGGAGGUGUGGCAGAAUACAGGGCCUCAGAAGGCAGAACAGUGGAAGUUCCAUAUAAAGGAGAUGUGGAGAACACAAUCCUUGAUAUUUUAGGUGGUUUACGCUCUACUUGCACCUAUGUCGGAGCUGCCAAACUAAAGGAACUGAGCCGGAGGACAACAUUCAUCCGAGUCACACAGCAGUUUAACCAAAUGUUCUCUUAGCCUGGGCUGCAAUGGUGAACUAACCAGAGGUUUAAUGUGCUGUGGUGUCUCAUUCAACAUAUUAUAGUUGAACAUAAUCUUUACACUUGCAUAGUACAUCAAUAUUUUCCAUUAAAAAGUUAUUAAUUGCCUCCAAGACCUUAAACUUAUCGAGCUGGACUUCCAUAACUAUUCCACAGUACAAUUAAAAAUGAGAAGCAAUUCUUCACUGAAGGUGAUAUCCUGAGAUAAAAAUCUGUUUAAAAAAAAGACUCUCUGAUAUCACCCCUUAUACUUACCUCAAAUCACCUUAAAAUUUUCCAAAUAGUUAUUAAAAAUUCACAUGGGGAAAUUAAAAAAUAAUUCUAACUGGACUUUAUGGAGAAUACAACUAUAAAUGCUAGAAGACCAAUUUCAAGCAUGAUUUUAACUGUGUAAAUUCUUUAGUGUUUGUAUUAUUCAAGAAUAUGAAAUAAAAAUGAUAUACUUGAAA